CCGGCUAGUGAGGGUCCUUUUCCUCCACAUAGCUGGUGACGAUUAGCUGCGAACAUGCCGACUGUCGGAGUUAAACGGGAUCUUCUAUUCAAAGCUUUGGGUAGAAGUUACACUGAUGAGGAGUUUGACGAGCUUUGCUUUGAGUUUGGGCUGGAGCUGGAUGAAAUUACCUCUGAGAAAGAGAUAAUCAGCAGAGAGCAGGGUGACACUAAGGCCUCAGGAGCAUCUGAUGUGAUCCUGUAUAAGAUCGAUGUACCAGCUAACCGCUAUGAUCUGCUAUGUCUGGAAGGACUGGUUCGUGGACUGCAGGUCUUCAAGAAUAAGUUGGAGGUGCCUCGAUACAAACGUGUUAGCCCACUCAGUGGGGAGCCUCAGAAGCUGAUCAUCACUAAGGAGACGGAAGCAGUGCGACCCCACGCUGUGGCAGCAGUCUUGAGGAACAUUACUUUCACAAAGGAGCGCUAUGACAGUUUCAUUGAGCUGCAGGAGAAACUACAUCAGAACAUUUGCAGGUGAGAGCACACCAACCACCUACAGUGGGGCAA